UGCCCUCUUAACACAACUACAUUCUUACACAAGAUAUUUGGGAACAGACAAACACAAAAAUGAAGCUUGUAAUAAAGCUGAUUUACUUCAUAUGUUUUCACAUCUUUCUUGAGAAGUGCAUUUGCAAAUCAGAACACAGUGAUCAGGUUUUAUCCAUUACUGUAUUAACCCAGGAUGAUGUGGAUACACUCAGAAACAUAACCAGUCACAAUGAGACAGUAUUAUGGCAACCAGCUUCAUCUAGUCACAUUACACCAAACUCUGAGGUUCAUCUUUAUAUUCAGUCAACAAGUGUGGAGUUUAUAACUCAGCUCUUACAGAGACAUGGAAUCACUUUUACGGUUCUUGUAGAAAACACAGCAGCACUGCUUGAGAUGCAGACCAGAAAUGAAUCCUCAGAUCCACGGAGUGGUGGUGAAAAUCAUGAGAGAUACUUUUCUUUAGAGGAUAUGUAUUACUGGAUUAAUAAGACACGUCAGGAGCAUUCAGACAUGGUGAAAGUUAUUUUCAUUGGAUCAUCAUUUGAGAAAAGACCACUUUAUGUCAUGAAGUUGUCUGGUAGAAGAGGUGAGGUGAAGAAGGCCAUGUGGAUGGACUGUGGUAUACAUGCGCGAGAGUGGAUCUCUCCAGCUUUCUGCUAUUGGUUUGUAAACUAUGCACUAAACUUUUACUCUCAGAACCCUGAAAUAACAGAGAUGUUGAAUAGCAUGGACAUUUACAUCUUGCCCGUCAUGAACCCAGAUGGAUACAAGUACACAUGGACAACAGAUCGAAUGUGGAGGAAAAAUCGCUCGACGCAGAAAGAAAGUGAAUGUGUCGGAGCUGAUUUGAACAGAAAUUUUGACGCAAACUGGUGCACGAAGGGCGCCUCCAGUGAUCCAUGUGAUCCCACAUACUGCGGUCAACAUCCAGAAUCUGAACCCGAGGCUCGAGCUGUGGCCAAGUUUCUACGCUCCCAUAAAGACACAGUCAAACUAUACAUUAGUAUUCAUUCUUACUCUCAGAUGCUUCUCUUCCCAUACUCGUGUUCGUAUGAUGAGGUGCCAAAUCACAAUGAACUGUUUGAACUUGCUAAGGAAGCCUCAGCAAAAAUACGCAGAUACUACAGGAAUAAUUAUAAAUAUGGUCAUGGGGCAAGAACCAUCUACUUGGCUCCUGGAGGAUCUGAUGACUGGGCGUAUAACCUUGGGAUUAAAUAUUCCUUUACUUUUGAGCUUCAGGACCGUGGAAAAUACGGCUUUCUUCUUCCUCCGAGCUUAAUCCCUCAGGCCUGUAAUGAAGCUCUGCUGGCAGCAAAGAUCAUAGCCUUACAUGUGAUGAAGAAAACUUAAUGAGUCAAUGCUUGUUAGGUGCUAUGCAUUACGAAUUCAUAACAUUCAGAAAGUUUAUUGUUUCACAAGAUAGCCUUUCUAUGUUAUGAAUUUUAAUGUAAUAAUACAGUAUAUCUCUGAAAACAUGAACCAAUUAAAGCAAUUAAAGAAAAUGUUGUACAUCAUUUAUAACAACGAAUAAAACAAAUAACACUCUGUAUUUGUUAGUGAGAUUAUUGUUAUUUGAGUGUAUAUUGUAAAAUGUAAUUGAAGACUGACUGGUAGACAUGAUGCUACUGAAAACACCUGCGGGAAAUUCCUUAUGCUUUGACUAAAAACUGGAUUUGCAUGAGCAGACAAAGCACAAAGUGCAUAUGAUGGAGAGACAGGCUCCCACAGUAUAUUGUUGAAUAGUUUGAGAAUAAUUUAAAGAGAUUUAAAAAAAAAAAACUUUUGGUUAAUCAUUAAGAAUUCGUUACAGAUGUACUUCCACAAUUGGUAUGAAGGUUUUUUGUAUAAUAUAUAUCUAUAAAUAAUAUUUUUUAUAAAAUAUAAAAUAAAUCAGUGCCAUUAAACAGAAGAGAUGUGAGAAUUGAGAUAAUUGUGCCAAUAAAGAGGAAAAAGGAUGAGAUUAAAUAAGAGAUGAUUUCCAGAUAUAUCAGCUUUGUUGUCUUGAGCAAUAAAGUCUGACUUAACUACACCCACUGUGAUUGGCUGAUGGGGAAUGAGUCUCUGUCAGCCAUUUAAUCACACAAAUAUUGUAGGUAUCAUAAUGUUGCCAUAUUCAAAUAAAGAUGUUGAAACAUG